AUGCGAGUCGGUUUCAACUGCAAAGAGAAAUGCCAUCUAUGUAUGGGACAGGACUGGGACAACACGAGUCUCGAUGCUGAAUGGAGGACAUCCAUGCCCCGAACCACAAGCCCCUUCAAUGCUGUUCCGAUACCCUUAAUGGGUGUACCGGGGAUAACGCGGGCUGAGGAUGCUUUUCCGGACUCAGCACAUGUAUUCCAUAUCAAAGGGAUCGGGCAAGACUUUGCAGCUAGCUGUGUUGUGCUCCUAGCUAAUCUCGGCGCCUGGCCGGCCCGCAGCUUGGAUGCAAAGUUGAGCAUCGGGUACAAGGCCUUCCGUGAGUGGUGUCAUGCUGAAAAGAAAACUACUUCGAUCGAUGGUUUCAGCAAACUCACCUUCGACAUGUCCUCGCAUCUUGUCAGCAGUGUUUCUAGAGAAUGCCAAUAUGAGCUAGUUGGGCCCACAAUGUGCAUCCUAUGGGUACAUCUGAGGAACAACGACUAUCCCUGCACGCACGGUGGAAAGGGUGCUGAUACUGCGAUUCUAUGUUCCUGGCUGGAGCAUUACCUCGAAACCACACUU